GAUUAUGAAAGGUUCCAUGUAGCAACAGACUAUGUAUCAAUGUUUGAAAGCCAACAUUUCUUUUUCAGUCCGGGCAGAAGUACUCUUCAACCUUACUACUUGAGAAGUUUGUUAUUGUUGAUGAAAGAUUCCGAGUAGAAACAGACUCUGUCACAACCUUUCUCAAGAAGCUUAAAGCUGUUGUGAAUGGGCAUGGCCUCCAGUACUUUACAUCUGUCACAGAGAAAACUUGUGUACCACAGAGAGAAAGUACACCAAAGUCUGUGUGUGCCUACCAAUGUCAGUUCACUUUCAAGGAACAGGUUGAGAUAUUCCGUCUGUUACAUCCGUGUGCGGCUGAUAACGAGACCGUCACAUUGGACAAGGCAAAUAGAACAUUCCGUGUUCAGUGCAUGAAGGCCAUGGGUCUAGACCCAGAGAGUCGGAAAGUUUUCUUUGGCGGCAAAUUUAAAGUUGCCAUUGAGGUCGCAUGUAUGUCGAAGAGGUGCUACGAAUGUGUCACACAGGUCUUUGAGAGAAUGGGCAACAUUCCAGGGCUUAUAAACACCUCCCUUUUUCGAGAAGUGUAUGGGUUUAAAGAUGAACCGAAAUUGUUCUCCUUGUUGAAGGCACUGGCGGAAGGGAGCAUUUCCAGAAAAGAUUUUAACAAAGCUUUAUCUGAUGCAAAGCCAAAGAAUCAGGACAAGGCCAGAGACGAAAUCGAAAUGCUAAAAAGUGAGAAUGAGAGGCUGACAAAAAAAUGUGAACGACUUGAAGAUGAGAACAGGCAGUUAAAGUUGAAACUGCAGGCACAACAGCAGGAUGAAUACACAUUCUCAGACGCGAGUCCUAAACCAUGCAGUUCUGGAAGGAUUGAGAGAACGCCAUUGUUUGCAUAUGGUAGAAGACCUAAAAGGCCAAGGUUUACUCUUCCUGAGUUUGACAACAACAGCAGCGAGGAGGAAGAAAGGUGUUCGUUUUCUCCAGCAUAUGAGUCAUCCUUGAGAGAUACAGAAGAGUCAGACACAGAGAAAGACUUUUUGAAUGAGAAUGUCAUUCCUGGUACACCAACUGCAAAGACGAGUGGUAUUGUUUCAACCAUUAUUAAGAAAUGUGAAGGGCUUACAGGAAAGUUAAAGAAAAAAAAGGUCGAAACACAGUCAGCACCAGAACCAGCAGCAACAGUUCGCUCUAGCAGGAGGUUAUCAGAGGUUUUCAACAAAGGAGACCAUGUCGAGGCACUUUGGCAGGAUAGAAACCCAGAGUUGAGAAAGUUCUACAAGGCCAGCAUUGUUGCUGUUGUAUCCUCUGGCUUGUAUAAAGUCAGGUUUUUAGACGAUGGACAAUAUCGGUUUGUGAGCAAGAAGGACUUGAGAGGGCAUAGAAUGAGAGUAGAAAUAAUACUUAAACAGGCCAUUUAUGGAAAACAAGGGAUAUACAAAUUUUAAGAGUUGUUUGCAAAUUUGAUAAGGUCAAUGAUAUUAAUAAAAUGUUAACUGAUUUUUAGUUUUGAAUUAUUUAAUUAUUAUUUGAUAUUUGUAGAAGUAAAUUAAUCAGAAAAGUGCAUUCCUUAAGAUAUCUUUGUUGAGACAUGUUUUGAUUAUUUAAGAAUACUUACAGAAAGUUGCAGUUUCUGUCCAGACUAAACUGGUAUACACUGUAUAUUGUUACAUAAAUUUUUGUGACCUUGUAUCAGUUUUUUUAGCCUUUUGUUGAAUUGAACUUUACCAUCUUAUAUAAUAAAACAAUAACUUCUGAACACUUUGUACUCAACUCACAUUAUUUCCAUCAUAUAAUUAUAAUGAAACGUUUUUGUAUACUACAUUAAUAUGAAAUGGACCUUCAUAUAUUUUUGGAAUAUUGAUUAGUGUUACACUUCUUUUGAAGAAAUAAUUUUGGGCAAGCUUUUUUCUGCUUAUUAUUAAAAGGUACUCUAAUUGGAUUGUUGCCAAAAUCUAGUCUUGAUAUUAUUUAUAAGUUUAAUGAAUUUGAAGUUUUAAUUUUUAAAGGUCAGAUUUUUAUAAGAUGAUACAUUUGUUUCAAUCUGUAACAUCUUAAAUGUUGAUUCUAAGUAACCUGCUACCAGUCAAGAGCAACAUUUUCUGACAGUUUAUAUUUUCCGUGAAAUUUAUUCAACCCUUAGCCUGCUACAUUUCUAAAAAAGACUGGUUUAUCAUUUAAUUUGGGCAAUACCAUUUAUCAUUCGAAGGGGUUUUCUAUGAAAAUUUACUAACUGAAUAGUGAACAGUGCAGACCAUGAUCAGCCUGCACAAAUGUGCAGGCUGAUCUUGGUCUGCACUGGUCGCAAAGGCAGAGUCACUUGCCGCCAGCAUGCUAAAGGUUAAGGAACAAAAAGACCCAUUACUUGGAGUUAGAUCGCUACUGGAUAUGUGUGACUUGUAAUCGUUUAUGAAAUUUAAAUUUGUUAUUAUCUCCCUUUAAUAUCAAAGUGUUCAAAAAAAGUGGAUAAAUUCUGUAUAAUUUCUAGUUUCACAUUUGCAUUUGAUAUAAAUUGGAAUAUUUCAACUGUCUGAAACAAGGCCAAUUUUGCAACAACUUUUAGCUUUAGAAGUACUUUUUUUUUUAAAUCUUAGUUGUGCACCCAAGCUCAACAAAGGGAGGUAAUAACUAUUUCAUAAACUUGCAUUUCUGUUGAAUUUUGGUAAAAUAUGUUCUUGUGAAUGCGAAUCUUUGACAACUUAAUUGCGGUAGUGCUUAAUAAUUAAUACAAAAUUAUUAAAUUUAUACUUGUGCUAAAAUUGCACUAUUUUGGUGUGACAAGGAAAAUUAAAGUUUAAAAAUACACACAGUAAAUUGAAUGCUUAACCACCCUUAAACAAAUUGUAUCCAAUUUUAGAGUUUUCGCUAAUGUUUUGUGACUUUUCCUGGAAAGCUUUCCAAGAUUGUAAAGAUAUAACUUUAUUUAGAUCUGAUUUCCAAAACAUAAACCAUACUUGUUCAUAAAAAGAGACAAUAUUUUAAGGUGCUUGAUUGCUUUCAUUUGUAAUAAGACUGAAGUCUGUUAUUGCAGAUUUUAAGCUAUGAAUUUUUCCCUUCACUCCUUCAAUGUGUGUAUUUUUAUUUAUUUAUAUAUGCUUUUCUCUACUAAAACACUCUUAUGCUACAAUGAAGUCAUGUUAAUACGUGGCGACGUCAAUUUUUUGGUUGCGACUAAGAAAGAGCGUUACUAUGUUUUAUCUACUGUUUUAGAUUAAUGGCAUAAUAGAAUCAAAAUAAUUUAUAGCAAAACCGUAUUUUAACACUUUAUCCACUCGGGCGGUGAUAUGUAAUACAAAUAAUUUUCGUUCGGGCUGCGUCCUCGUUAAAUUAUUACGACUGACAUAUAACUGCCCAUCUUACAUACAUAGUGUUAAAACACUCUUUUGCUAUAAAUUAUUUUUUUAAUUAAAUGGUGAUAUAAAGUUCAGGCUAUAUGUGUUUGAAACUUAGUAUCUGGAAAUACAAGAUAUCAUGUGUUUUAUAAAGAAAUAUUAAAUAUCCACUAUACUUUGUUAAUAUUUUAAUAUUUUAUUAAGAAGUUAUUUAUUUCAUAUUUUAUUAACUUAGAAAAUGAGGAACAUUAGCUUGUAACUUCCCUUGAAAAGUUGUAUAAUAAAGCGCAAGGAUAACCAAAUAUAACAUUGGUCCCUUUCAGUUGGAUUCCUCCGACUUUUUCGUUAUAACCUUUGUCCAAAAUGUUGCGGUUGGUAAAAAUACAUAUGCUUUUAAAGUGUAAGUUUAUAAAUAAAAAAGAUUAAUCUAACAUAAAUUUAGCAGAGAGCCAAUAAAAGACACCCUGUUCUUAAUCAUUUUCCAAUCCAAUGAAAUUUAGUUUAGAUAUUGCUUUUGAA